AUGAGGAAUUCUUGCGAGGGCUGCAAGAGGUACUGGAACCAUCUACAUGGGAAGGUCACGCGUUUCGUCAGGCGGAUGAACAAAAAUUCGAGAAAAAGCCUGAUCAUACCAGAGAGGUUUGGGAACUAUUUUGUACGAAAGAUGCCAGGAACCAUCGAACUAGAAGGCCCCAAUGGUAAAGUGUAUGAUGUUGGAGUUACCAAGCACAAGGACAUAACAAUCCUUCAGUCUGGAUGGGAGGUGUUUGUUGAUGCCAAUAACAUAGUGGAGAAAGACUCGUUGAUGUUCCGGUACCAUGGAAGAUCUCGCUUCAAGGUUGCGGUCUUUGAUUCUGGUGGUUGUGAGAAAAGGGUAUCCUGUGCUGGCAUUGAGAGCGAUACUAGUAAUCAAGAACGAAGCAAAAAUUAUGCAGACAUGUCAAGCAGUUCGAGCGAUCACAAUACUCGUUCGUCAGUGGGUCGGGAGUCAGAUGGAUGCCAAAAUUGUAGCUCAGGCCGUUGUAGAAAAUGGGCAAGGACAGACGCAACAUCCUCUUCAUCUGAGGAUUUUUCAGACAGUCCUUCUGAGUUGGAUGAUCACACACUACCAAAGAUGGCCUCAACUGUGCGUGUUAAGGAGGAACAGUCUGACGGAGAAGAUAGUGCUUUGGAGUGCGAUUCUUCUGAGUCGGAUGAUGUUCAAACGCCUCCCGAGCAUGAUUAUGUGUUGUCACUUAGGAGUUAUUUAACUGAAGAACAAAAGGAGAAAGUUGUUAUGCUUCUCCGGAACAUUCAACCCAGAACUCUUGCAUUCGUGGCUAUCAUGAAGAAGUCCAGUGUCGAACCACCGCAUUCUUCUCUGACCAUCUCUAAGAAAUACGCAGUUCUACACUUUCCCCAUGAAAGUGCAUCUGUCACACUUCAGAGAGCCGGUGUGAAGAAGAAAUGGCACCCCAGGUUCUACAAGACGAAAAAUGCAAGUAUGCACAAGAUUAGGGGGGAGUGGUGUGAUUUUGUUUGCGAAAAUCAUGUGGAGGAGGGAGAUAUCUGUAUCUUUGUACCAGCAAAGAAUGGGAGAAGGUUCACGUUUACGGUUCAUCUACUGCACGCAGAAAGCAACACGCAUGCAGGUCCUUUUGUGCCGCCCUACAUACUAGCACAAAAUAGCUGUCUAUCUCCAUUGCAACAGAGUAUAAUUGAAGAUAAAUUGCAAGCCAUCCAAUUGGAAGCACCCCUGUAUGUUGCAAUCAUGAACAAUACCAGUGCUGGUGUCAAUGGGCGUUACGUCCUGGAAUUUGGUGCACAAUAUGCUGCUGUAUAUCUUCCAAACAAAGAGCAAACUAUUUUGCUCCAGCGUGCGCGGAAGAUAUGGCACACCAAGCUACGUAUAUGGAGUGGUAGGAGACGUGUGCUCCAUGGUGGCUGGCGCAAAUUUGUCCGUGAGAACUGUCUGCACGCCGGAGAUAUCUGUCUAUUUGAGCUGAAGAACAACUGGAAGGAGCUUAAGAUGAGGGUUCAUAUCAUUACGAGUGAUCAGUGUUAG